ACGGCAGGAAGCAUUUGAGGAAGUAGCUCUGGGCCGGCUGCGAGGGGAUCCCGCGCUUUCAUGUCCUUGGCUGGCGUUCCUGGCGGCCCGAGGCCCUGCAGGCAGAGUUAGCCCAUCAGUAUGAGCUGGUCACCUUCCCUGCCAACCCAGACAUGCGGGGCCUGGGAAAUGAAAGAGCGGCUCGGGACAGGGGGAUUUGGAAACGUCAUCCGGUGGCACAAUCGGGAGACAAGUGAACAAAUCGCAAUCAAGCAGUGCCGACAGGAACUCAGCCCAAAGAACCGAGAUCGCUGGUGUCUAGAGAUCCAGAUCAUGAGAAGGCUGAACCAUCCCAAUGUAGUGGCUGCCCGGGAUGUCCCUGAGGGGAUGCAGAACUUGGCACCCAAUGAUUUGCCUUUACUCGCCAUGGAGUACUGCCAAGGAGGAGAUCUCCGAAAGUAUUUAAACCAGUUUGAGAACUGCUGUGGCCUUCGGGAAGGAGCCAUCCUUACUCUGCUGAGUGACAUUGCAUCUGCACUUAGAUACCUUCAUGAAAACAGAAUCAUCCAUCGAGAUCUGAAGCCAGAAAACAUUGUUCUGCAGCAAGGAGAGCAAAGAUUAAUACACAAAAUUAUUGAUCUAGGAUAUGCCAAGGAACUGGAUCAGGGAAGUCUGUGCACAUCCUUUGUGGGGACCCUGCAAUACCUGGCCCCAGAGCUGCUGGAGCAACAAAAAUACACUGUGACUGUUGACUACUGGAGCUUUGGCACCUUAGCCUUUGAAUGCAUCACUGGCUUCCGACCAUUCCUCCCUAACUGGCAGCCUGUGCAAUGGCAUAACAAAGUACGUCAGAAGAGUGAAGUGGACAUUGUUGUUAGUGAAGACUUGAAUGGAGCAGUAAAGUUUUCAAGUUCUUUACCCUACCCCAAUAAUCUUAACAGGGUCUUGGCUGAGCGUCUGGAAAAGUGGCUGCAGUUGAUGCUCAUGUGGCACCCCCGCCAAAGGGGCACAGACCCCCAGUACGGUCCCAAUGGCUGCUUUAGGGCCCUGGAUGACAUCUUAAACUUGAAGCUGGUUCAUAUCUUGAACAUGGUCACAGGCACCAUUCAUACAUACUCUGUGACUGAGGAUGAGAGUCUGCAGAGCUUAAAAGCCAAAAUCCAGGAAGACACGGGAAUCCUGGAGAAGGACCAGGAACUGCUACAAGAAGCAGGUCUGGCACUGCUACCGGACAAGCCUGCUGCUCAGUGUAUUUCAGAUGUCAAGAUAAAUGAGGGCCGCACAUUGGACAUGGAUCUUGUUUUUCUCUUUGACAACAGUAAAAUCACCUAUGAGACUCAGAUCACCCCACGACCACAACCUGAAAGUGUCAGCUGUAUCCUUCAGGAGCCCAAGCGGAACCUCUCUUUCUUCCAGCUGAGGAAAGUGUGGGGCCAGGUCUGGCACAGCAUCCAAACCCUGAAGGAAGACUGCAACCGACUACAGCAGGGACAGCGAGCUGCCAUGAUGAAUCUCCUUCGGAAUAACAGCUGCCUCUCCAAGAUGAAGAACUCCAUGGCCUCCAUGGCCCAGCAACUCAAGGCCAAGUUGGAUUUCUUUAAGAGCAGCAUCCAGAUUGACCUGGAGAAGUACAGUGAGCAGACUGAGUUUGGGAUCACAUCAGAUAAACUGCUGCUGGCCUGGAGGGAAAUGGAACAGGCUGUGGAGCUGUGUGGGCGGCUUUUCCAUCAGGAGAACGACGUGAAGCAUCUGGUGGAGAGGAUGAUGGCUCUGCAGACUGACAUCGUCGACUUACAGAGGAGUCCAAUGGGACGGAAGCAGGGGGGCACUCUGGACGACCUAGAAGAACAAGCAAGGGAACUUUACAGGAGACUAAGGGAAAAGCCAAGAGACCAAAGGACAGAUGGUGACAGUCAGGAAAUGGUGCGGCUGCUCCUUCAGGCAAUCCAAGGCUUUGAGAAGAAAGUGCGAGUGAUUUAUACACAGCUCAGUAAAACCAUGGUUUGUAAGCAGAAGGCACUGGAAUUGCUGCCCAAGGUAGAAGAGGUGGUGAGUCUAAUGAAUGAAGAUGAAAAGACUGUCGUCCGGCUUCAGGAGAAGCGGCAGAAGGAGCUCUGGAACCUCCUGAAGAUCGCUUGUAGCAAGGUCCGAGGUCCCGUCAGCGGAAGCCCAGACAGCAUGAAUGCUUCUCGACUCAGUCACCCUGGCCAGCUAAUGUCCCAACCUUCCAGUGCCUGUGACAGCUUACCUGAGUCAGCCAAGAAAAGAUAGUUAAAAGCAGCUCCUGUUGGCUUGUCUCCAAACAUGGGAAGGAGAUGGAUGAUGGCCUAUGGUGGAUGUAGAGAGGUUUCAUCUGAUUGGUAAUGGGUACAGGGUUUAUUUGGAGAGUGAUAAUAAUUUUUUGUGAUUAUACAUAGUAAUGACUGUACAACUCUGUACAUAUGCUAAAGUUGUUACAAUGUGAACAGGCAAACUAUAACAUAUAAAUUAUGUAGCAAUAAAGCUAUUUUGAAAACUCCUAAUUCUUGAUCCUGGGGAGUGUAUAUAUAGCAUGUUUGUUAUUUGAUUACACAUUACUAUUGAGUUUUAAUUAUCUCUCCCACAUCUGGAGGACAAUAGCCAAGUCACAUACCUCUCCUUACCUUCUUUAGCUGGCACUGAGCCUGGAGUCUAUCUAGGAGCCCUGGGGAUGUGCUCUUGGUUCUUUUCCACACAGAAUGCCACAUUUUGAGGGAGAAGGGAAUUCUAGAACUCUGUCAUCCUUGGAAGUUUUCUUCCAGUGAUAUCCUCAGAGCUCAGAAAAGUCAGCCUGUGAGCACAGUGGAACUCUUAUCUCUCUGUAUCAUGUAGGUAGUUGAUGAUAGAAAACAGGCAUUUCUUGUUAUAGGAAAAAGAGUGAUCAGUCUAGAGGAAGGACUUUGCACUUCAGUAAAUCUGAAGGAACUAUGGAAGCUUGCAAAUUGCUUGAUUUGGGCUUUUUUUUUCUUUCCAUUUCAAAAUGGAAUGGGGCUAUAGCUUGGUGAUGGAGCACUUGCCUGGGGUGUGCAGGGCCCUGCCCUGGGUUCAAUUCCCAGCAGAAAAAAAAACAAAAAAAUAAUGAGGGAACAUCUUUAGAUUUGGAGAGAAAUUUAGUUACCUUGUAAGUCAAAAAGAAGUCUUUGGACUGGAGAGAUGACUCAACAGUUAAGAGCACUGGCUGCUCUUACAGAGGACCCGGAUUCAGCUCCCAGCACUCACAGGCAUCUUACAAC